AUGCCAAACCUCUUUGAGUUUAUUCGCCGUAAAAAACAAGAACGCAACGUUAGGAUACUUGCAAGGAAGUUUAAAAAAGAUAUCGUAAACCUUCCCAAAGUGCUUCAAGACCCCGUCAUUGCUUCUCUUGUGCUCCGGGCCACAAAAAACCAUACCAAUAUGCCAGCUAUAAUAAUCCAGUGGAAUAACGCUGGAUUCAACAACGUCCCUACUUCACCUACAAUAGACACGGAGUUGUUGGCCAGGAUCAGAAUGCCAUAG